AUGCCUCUUCGACGUAUCCCAGACCAUCUUAUAACUCCACUCGUGGACUAUUCAAAAGAUACUGUCCUCCACGCCAAGAAGAAGAUUCUUAUCGGCGCCACAGGAAGUGUGGCCAGCGUGAAAAUCCCGCUUAUUGUCAAGACAUUGGUCGAGGAAGUAGGGCAUCUCGUCGAGAUCAAGGUUGUUGCCACCACCGCUGCGCUUCAUUUCUUUGACCCCAAGGAUGUCCUCGCCGAGGUGCUGACUGACAAAGACGAGUGGAGCCUACGCAACUGGGCAGACAUGUUUAUCAUUUGUCCGUUGGAUGCAAACACACUGGCUAAGCUGGCACAAGGUCUCUGCGACAAUCUGAUCACAUGUAUCUUGCGCGCUUGGGAUGAGAGUCGGUCGGUAAUUGUGUGUCCAGCAAUGAACACCAAUAUGUGGAACCACAAGUUUACAGCAAUUCACCUCUCCACCUUGACAGAUGUUCUACACUACCGUGUUAUCCCGCCUAUCAGCAAACUGCUCGCUUGUGGCGAUCUCGGUGUUGGUGCGAUGGCAGAGUACCGUACAAUUGUCGAGGAGAUCAAGAAGGAGGUUGGCAUCUCGCAUUAA